CAGUGUGAGCGAGCGCUCCGUUGAGAGAACGCGGAUGCACUCCGGUUCAUCCAGGCUGCGACCGGACGAGACGAGACGCGCGCGCAUUUACGCGUCUGGAACGGAAUUGAGCGUGACAGGGAGAAAGUUGAACACGCGCACUCGGUUUACUUUCAGUUUGACAUCGCACGCGCGUCCGGGACGCUGGUCGGAGAACAGUUUUGGAUCAGAAGAGUUGAAGUAUUUCACCGAGGAAUGUUAUCUGCAAAGAUAAAAACCACGAAGCAUAUUUUGCAUUCUGAUUUAUUUCCUAAUAUGCCUGGAUUAAAAAAAACAAACAAACAAAAACAAAUUCUCAUUGCUGUUCAAUGCUUAUGACAUGGAGAGCUUUAUGAACUUGUUGACCUGUUAAUGAUGCACUGUUGGAUUUUUAAAUGCUGUGCCGUUACCAUGGCAUGCCAUGUGACAGUUGUGGUACUCCUGUGCCAACUAGGGACUGCUGCGUUCUCGCUGGAGAUCGGAGGUUACGAUGGGGAGUGGGGAAGACCUGCGAAAUGCGAGCCGAUCACCAUUCCCAUGUGCCAAGGAAUCGGCUACAACAUGACACGGAUGCCCAACUUCAUGAAAUACGAUAGUCAAGAGGAGGCGAGAAUAAAACUCAGCGAAUUUGCUCCUCUGGUGGAAUACGGCUGCGAUGUGCACCUCCGCUUCUUCCUGUGCUCCCUGUAUGUGCCCAUGUGUACAGACAAAGUGUCCAACACUAUUCCAGCAUGCCGGCCUAUGUGCGAGCAAGCCAGGCAGAAAUGCUCUCCUAUUAUGGAGAAAUUCAGUUUCAGCUGGCCGGAUUCAUUGGACUGUUCAAAGCUGCCAACCAAUAAUGACCCUAAUUCACUGUGCAUUGAGGCUCCAGAGAAUGACACGGUGCCUGAGACUAGGAAAGGGGAGGGCAUGCUGCCUGUGCCCGCCAGACCCAGGCAGUCCGGCGGCGGGCAUGGACAAUCAUCUGGGACUUGUGAGAACCAGGAGAAGUUCCAGUAUGUGGAGAGGAGCAAGUCAUGUGCGCCACGAUGCACCCCCACCGUGGAUGUGUUCUGGUCCAGGCAAGACAAGGACUUUGCUUUCAUCUGGAUGGCCGUGUGGUCUACUCUUUGCUUUGUCUCGACUGCAUUCACAGUCCUCACCUUCCUUCUGGACGCACAACGCUUCCAGUACCCUGAGAGGCCUAUUAUCUUCCUCUCCAUGUGCUACAACGUAUACUCUGUGGCUUUCAUCAUCCGCUCUGUGGCAGGAGCUGAGAACAUUGCCUGCGACAGGGAAAAUGGCCAGCUUUACAUCAUACAAGAGGGCUUAGAGAGCACAGGCUGUACCAUAGUCUUCCUCAUUCUGUAUUACUUUGGCACGGCCAGCUCUAUCUGGUGGGUCAUUCUUACGCUUACCUGGUUCCUUGCAGCUGGCAGGAAAUGGGGGCAUGAAGCCAUCGAGGCUCACAGCAGCUACUUCCACAUGAUCGCCUGGGGCAUACCGGCUUUGAAGACCAUAAUCAUUCUCACCAUGCGCAAAGUGGCAGGUGACGAGUUGACCGGACUGUGCUACGUCGGUAGUAUGGAUGCCAGUGCUUUAACCGGGUUUGUUCUCAUCCCUCUCUCCUGCUAUCUGAUCAUCGGCACCUCUUUCGUCCUUACUGGAUUUGUUGCGUUGUUCCACAUCCGUAAGAUCAUGAAAACCGAAGGCACCAACACGGAAAAGCUGGAAAAGCUCAUGUUUAAGAUCGGGAUCUUCUCUGUCCUUUACACUGUCCCCGCCACUUGCGUGAUAAUCUGCUACUUCUACGAGAGACUCAACAUGGACUACUGGAAGUUCCGCGCUCUGGAGAGCAAGUGCGUCUCUUUUCCCGGACGAAGGGUUGACGACUGCUCUCUGGAGUCUUCCGUGCCCACCGUAGCCGUGUUCAUGCUGAAGAUUUUCAUGUCCUUAGUGGUAGGCAUUACCAGCGGAGUCUGGGUGUGGAGCUCAAAGACUCUCCAGACUUGGCAAGGCUUGUGCACCAGGAGGUUAUCGAUGAGGACGACGCACAAGCCCUGUCCUAGCAUCAACUGCAGCAGCUCCCACUGUCAUUACAAAGCGACCGCGUUCCAUGCGAACAAAACGGACUCGUGCACAGACAGUCCCACGAGGGUUUGACUAAAGUGCGGUGGCAGUCUGAAUGCAAUUUGACAUCAUUCAAAUAAAAUAGGCAUUUUAAAUACCUACCUUGCCUAGCAAAAGCAUCUAAAAGCUUCAUCCUGAGGAGAAACGAUAAAGGCAGAGACUGUAACAGGUCAUGCUGUGUUGAUGGCAUGGUUUUGUGAUGUAAAUACAGAUAUUAAUACGUUCAGCAAGCUGAAAUGUUUAUUUAUUACAGCUAUUUAAGUAUCGCUUGUCAAUGAAUGCACUAUACUGUACAUAUAACGGAUGCUCUGAAUAAGUCGGGUGUAAGAAUUUGGAAAUAUUGUAUAUACAUAUAUAUAUAUAUAUAUAUAAUUAUUUUUUGGAUGAAAGAACAAUAAACAUAUUUUUUCGCAACGACUUUGUUUAAUUACAUUCGCUGACCCACUUUUUUUUUUUUUUUAUGAAAAACGUUGCAUGAAGCACAUUUAUAAAUGAUUUCCACAGUACGCUGUUAUGUCAGUAACAGAUUGGAAAUGAGUGCUGAAUGUUUUCACAAAUGUCUUCUUUUGUUAGCACUUCUCAAGGAAAUGGAUUUUGGCAUGCAAAAAAAAAAAAAACCACGGAGAGAGCUCGUAUAGAGCAAAAGCACUCUGAAAGAUCAUAUUUCUCAUAAGUCUGGUGAAAUCUAGCUUCUGAAAAGUCCUAAUAAUGAUAAAGUGGACUACAAUGGAGAAGUGUAGAGUUGUGCAUUUAAUGCUAAAUUAAAAAAAAAAAAAAUUAUUAGCAUAAUUUCCAUUUAAUACCCAUCAUAAGACUGUUCUUUACACCGCUGGUCAUGUAACAGUUCUGAAAUUGCGUAUAAAAUUAGUAAUAAUAUGCAGUGAAUUUUCAGCUUUGUUUGAAAAUGUUCUGCUUAUUUUGUAUCCCGUCUCGAAGCUACAGUCACACUUUCCUAAGUGACAUGAGCUGUUAUUGCAGGGUCUUUAUUUUAAUUCCGUAUGUGUUCCACAAGCCCGCUGUCAGCUGAUCACAGUCUUGGCUACUACGAGAUUGAAAAGAGACGUGAGAUCAGAGCAGUUCUGGCCAGGGCUCUGGUCACGUUUACCGACGUGCUUGUACUUGUGGGUUAUUUUUUUCUUCUUCUUCUUCUUCUUUUUUCUCAAACCUCUUCUUGUCCUCAAGGGCAGCUGUGACUUCACAUGCCUUUUUGACAUGUUUAUGAAGUGCGUCUGGAUUCACUGCAGAGUAAUAGAGAGCAGGGAAGAUUUUCAGGAAUGAAAUUUGUACAUGUUCAGAGCUUUAUGUUCGCACACCAGUGAAAUCUGUAUACUUGUUAAAAGGCGUCUCUCAAAGCCAACACCAUUAGUCAUGUUUUGCAGAUGGAAGCUAAUCCCAGGUCUAGAGUAAAUAGGAUCUGAAGAGGCGAAUCUCCCGGUCCAAAUUAAGGAUUAAUACGUGUCCAUAAAACUGUCCUGCUGCACUAUGUUCUCUACUCAUGAGAUUUUUGAUAUGAAAUGUAAAUAUUUAUUCUAACCAGUUUUAUUAUGCAUUCUCUUAGCAGCUCUAUAUCUAAUUGUUCCGACGUUUGUCCUCAACAUGGCAGCGCUUGAGCUUUGGAUUUCAAGCAUGCUAUAUUUGGACUAAAAAUUUUGCUUGUCUUAGUGACUAGCUGUUAUUACAUGGUGCAUUAACAACAAUGUACCAGUUGCUAUGAAGUAAAAUUAUUGCUUGAAUUUUUCUGCAUCAUUAGUAUGUAUCAUCACAUGCUAAUUUGUAGCUUUACAAGGUCUGGACAUGCUUUCGCCUAUGUAGUUAUUUUAGUAAGAGCUUUAGUUAUGUUAGUAAUAAGCCCCUACGACAGCUUGUUCUUUUGUACACUUAAAGACGCAUAUCAAGAUGGCUCAAAGAUAAAUAAAUUGCUUUUUUUUUUUUUUUAUGUCUGGUCCCAAACCCUGAAAUGUUCCCUAUCUACAACACUGGGUUUCUUGGGAUCGGGUUUUAACUUCCUCAAGAGGCUUUAAUUGGGAUAUGUUCGGAUUCAUUCAUCCAGAGUUCACCAAUUAACAUCAACCACCUUGUCAUUUAAAGCAAAAUUGGAAUAAUUUCUAACUUCUCAAACAUGAACGUAAAGUAAACGUUGGGAUUGACGCUUGUCCAUCCACUUUUUGUUUGAAAACGAGUAAUUGAACUCAAACUCUUAUUCCUCAGUCAGUCUUGAACGUAUCUCGUUCCUAAACCCAAACAAAGAGAUAUUUGUCAUGUAGAUUUGACCGACACGGACGGUUUUAGGUUGAAGUGUUGGUGCGACACUGCAGCGUUUGUGCCGCAAGAGCGCUCAGUUUAUACAGCAACAGCCUUCAUUAUUCGGCCCAUCAAGAACCCUGAACAUAAAGGCCCCAUUGUACACCUUGAUGUUAAAGUUCUGAAUGCUAUUUUAGGCAAAGCAUUGCUCAAAGAAGCCCCCUUUCCAACCCAUUCAAGCCCGUUAUAAAGUGAAUGUUAAUGGCCUUGUAAGUGAGCUUGAGAACGGGACAAGAUAGAACAGUUUUGUAAUUGUCCUGCAACUCAGAGGAGAAGCCAUGUGUAUGUUUAACAAGAGGCUCAUUAAAACACCAGGGACUUUCCCCUCCUCGUUUAAAUAAAGCCAGAGGAAUAGAGCAAAGGAAGAAAGGAAUAGUGCUCAUUACCCGUUACCCCACGGGUAGGAUCCCUUUCCUUGGGUGUUUGAAGUGUAAAUAAGGGGCCAUGGUGAAAGCACAUUGAAAAGCUGUUGCCACCCAAAGGUUUUUCUUUUUAUUAUUAUUUUAUCUGUUGCUUUAUUUAAAGCUGUGAGCAUUAUUCAUAUGCACUCACUUUCACUUGGGUCACACAUGCACACAAACUUAAACAUGGUAUUUGUUUGAUAAAUAGUAGACAUUGAGGAAUCGAGUCAUGUGGGUAUAUUUGCAGACCUUGUAAUGUGUAACAUCCUAUAAUAUUUCAGGUUUGUAGCAGGUGUAUUUGGCUGGUGUGUACCAAAGAACUUUUUUUUUUUUCAUCUCAACAAAUACAUAGCUUAAGCGUUGUCGUUCAAGCCAGCCCAUCUAUGAGAUGCACUCAAGGGUUUAGUGGAUGGUUAAUGGUUCUGACUUUCCAUAAGGCUUCUAUGUCUGGAAUGGAAACGGUCUGUUUCAUGGUUUUGCAUAGUACAUAAGGUUUCCACCAGGAGAACAAGCUGAGAAACCCUUUUAACGUCCUGGAUGUAAGCUUUUUUAUUUUUUUGAUGACAUUUGCUUAUAUUCAUGACAGAACAACCUUUAUUAAAGUGAACCUUUGGAUCUAGACCAAUGACCUUAUUAAGACCAAACGCCAUAAUGCAUACAGAUGACUGGAAGUUGGAUGGUACUGUUGCCAUUACUCUCCAGUGGUACCUCUUGGUAAGUUUGGAAAUGUUUCAUCACUUAUUAAAAUCCCUUAUUGGACUUGCCCCUAAAAAAUACAAGUGGCCUUCAUGAGUGCUAAUUAUCUCCUUUUGUCACAUCCAAAGAAAGCAAGUUGAAUUGGCUGAAUCAUUUAUCCAGUCGAUGAGCAACUACUCACCUGGAAUUCAAGGCUGCGCCAUUCAGAAAAAGAAACCUAUUUAAACUUCAUACUAUAAGUAUAUUAACACUGGAAAUCACCCAACUGUCCAGAUUAGUUUCUGGAGCAUGUGUGCCAGGAAACACAUUUUGUAUUUUUAUAGUGUUUUUUUUUUAUUUUAUUUUAUUUUUUUUAAAAUCGGGCCUCAGCUUCUCUUGCCUGACUUGUUCAGUUGUGACAGUCAAGAGCAGGCCCACUGUCUGGUUCAGGCAAUCCUCAAACCUCCAGACAGUUCAACCUGACAAAAGGGCCUUUGCUGGGCUUUGGCUCGGGGAUAGGCAGCACAGAGACGGCUUUGUGCUGUGGUUGAACGUCGGAGACACACCGUGUCUUGUUGCUCGCCAAACUGUCAGGUCUCUCUGGUCUGCGCAAGCCAUCCUUUUUAAUCAGGUUGUUUCUUUCAUGGCUGUCAUGUCGAAUAGGAAUCAUACCACUGCUAAGAGAAACCCAUGAACCCUUUACAGAACAUCAAGAAAGAAUCUUUAGUUUUGGUUACGUUUUUUUUUUUUUUUUUUUCCAGCUCAGCCAAAAAACACAUAUAUUGAAGGCUAUAUGUUUUCUGCUGAGGCCUGGCAGAAUACAGUGUACGCCUCCUAUAACAGAGUCAGUCCAUGGGAAAGGAAAAGUGCCUCAUUAGAAAGAUUAGCAAUAGCCUACUGGGUUUUUAUAUCCAAAUCUGUUUACAGCUUAAACACUUGCCUUGUAAAACUGGCCAUCCCAUGGCGACCAUAUCAAGGUUCCUGUUAUUAGUGAGAUGAGACGCUCAAGGCUAGUAAAAGGCAAUGCCCCCAGCUGAGCCAUAUGCUGUUGGUUAGUCCCCGUCACGCUAGCCAUGCUAGCAGCCCGUUCUUCUGGCAUCCAACUUCCCUUACUCGGGCCUGGCUGGCGUCACCUUGCCUGGCUUAUGACUCACGCAUGUCGGUUGAUCAUGCUAACGGUGUCUCGGAUAACAUUCCUUGCAGACUGCUGGCUUGCGUGAGGAAGCUCAUAAAGGUAAUUAAGGUGUCUCAAAAUGAGCAGGCCGGUCAGUUUAACGGCAGCUGAGAGGAUUGUGGAGGCUUGUUCUCUUGGCGUCAAACAGUAAUUACAUUUUCCAUGGUCAUUUAGCGUCUAGGGGUGUUAAUAAUUAGCCUUGAGAGGAUGUCAGAAUUCAACUUGUCAUGAAUUGUAUUCACGCAAUGUUUUAAGUCCCCUAUAACUCUGCUAAGGUACCAAAAAAAACCCUUGGUACUUGUUUAUUUAGGAGGGAGCAAAAGAUCAUUGUGGAAAUUUCAUCAUGCGAAGUUUAAGUCCUGAAAUAAGCAUACCACUUGAGUGUGUGUUCCAAGAGCCAACUGUUAUCUAAUGCUCAAAGCCAUAUGGCUUGGGGCCUUCUGUCACAGUGGGUUCAUAGCACCUCAAGUCAACUUUUAAUGAAAUGUGAAGUAGACUCUGGUCAUUGGUGAAUUGUUUGUGGCCCUGAAAUUAAAACGUCUUGAGAUCAGUUUUGUGACUAGUGUUUAGUCCCAGUUCAAUGAACCUGGCCUGAGAUCAGGAAGAAUCCUAGAACCAUGGAUUGACUCAGAUUGGAUGCUCUCCACUGGCGUAUUUUCUUUUCUUUCUCAUCCAUUCUUGCUGCAUUUGAUUGCUUGACCUUCCUCUCAGUGGAGUGUUUUGGAACUCUUGCUGUCAACCCAAGGACACAACCCAGGACCUCACCCAGACCCUGCACUUUCUCGGCAGCUGCGGCUGCUGAUUCAUCCAUCUCUGAAACAAGCCAGAUGAGAAAAAAAAAAUUUGCCUCCCACUCAUGCUCAAAGCACGGCGUACGGUAAAUGAUUGGUGAAUGUGCUCCUGUUCUUUUAUUAGUUUGGUCCUUCCGUUGAGCUACAAUCCACCGUAAUGUUUUUUUGACCUAAGCUUAACAACAAUGGC